AUGACAAGUGCAAACGACGCGGCUUCCGCGUUCGAAAUUCUCGUACACAAACCCACCCGGGAGAAUGAUGACUACCUUCUGUCCAAGAGACACGGUGAGGGUGUCACAGUCGUUGAUUCUAGCGGUGAUGAGGAGGCAGAAGAGCCACCUAAAUCUCUCUGGCAGCGGUUUGUCAAGGCCGUCAAGCCAGAAGCCCAGAGCCCCUACGAUGAGCCGCCCAAGAAUUGGCGCGAAAAAACGGUUCGCUUCCUUGAAGUCACACAACACCAGCGCGCGUCCAACCGCCGUGCUGAGGGCAUUGUGGAGUCUUUCUUGUUCAACGAUGACUUGGCUCCCGUGGAGGCCAGUAGAAGAGUCUGGGACUGGAAGCAGUACGUGUUUCUAUGGGUCUCUGAGUCCUUCAAUGUCAACACAUGGCAGAUUUCUGCUACGGGUCUGCAGCUGGGCCUUAACUGGUGGCAGACGUGGAUCUGUAUCUGGGUCGGUUACAUGGCUGUGGCCUCCUUCGUCGCGAUCAACUCGCGGAUUGGUAACUUUUAUCACAUAGCAUUCCCCAUUUCCUCGAGAAUCUCCUUUGGUAUUUACUUCUCUUUGUGGAUCGUCCUCAACAGAGUCGUGAUGGGCUGUGUUUGGUACAGUGUCCAAACUUACAUUGGUUCCCAGACGGUCCAGCUGAUGCUGAAGGCCAUUUUCGGUAACAAUCUCGAGGAGCGUAUCCCCAACACCAUGGACACACAAAAUAUUACCACAUUCGGUUUCAUGUGCUUUAUGAUCUUCUGGGCGGCCCAACUGCCAGCCCUAUGGUUCCCACCACACACUCUGAAGUACUUGUUCACCGUCAAAAGUAUCAUCACGCCGUUCGCGGCUUUCGGCUUCUUGAUCUGGACACUGAAGAAGUCGCACGGUAAGCUGGCGUUAGGCUCUCUUAAUGACGUUCACCCCCACGGCUCCGAGCUUGGCUGGAACUUUGUCAUCAGUAUCAUGAGUGCGCUCGACAACCUUUCGACACUGAUCCUUAACGCGCCCGACUACUCGCGUUUCGCCAAAACCCGGUACUCCUCCAUUUACUCGCAGCUGGUGAUCCUCCCCGUGAUGUACGCUAUCAUUUCGAUCAUCGGUAUCAUCGUGACAUCAGCCGCGUACACAAUGUACGGCAUAAAUUACUGGUCGCCGCUCGACGUGUUAGGCAGGUUCUUGGACCACAGCACGGCCGGCAACCGCGGUGGUGUUUUCAUGAUCGCGUUCUGCUUUGGUAUCGCGCAAUUGGGCUCUAACAUCGCGUCGAACUCCAUCUCUGCGGGUACAGACAUGACCGCCCUGCUUCCCAAGUUCAUCAACAUCAGAAGAGGUGGCUACAUUUGCGCUGCCAUUUCGCUGGCUAUCUGCCCCUGGAACUUGAUGGCCUCGUCCUCCAAAUUCACGACCGCGCUGUCCGCGUACGCCGUGUUCCUGUCGUCCAUCUCCGGUGUCGUGUGCGCCGACUACUACGUCGUGAGAAAGGGUCUCAUCAGCUUGCAGCACUGCUACAGCAACGCGCCCGGCACACUGUACAUGUACGGCUCCCGGUUCGGUACCAACUGGAGGGCCGUGGCCGCAUACGUGCUCGGAAUCGUGCCCAACUUCCCAGGGUUUUUGGGAUCUCUAGAUGUCAAAGGCGUGCCGUCCGGAGCGAUGCACGUGUACCACCUCAACUACCUCGUGGGAUUCCUAGUCUCGUUCCUGCUCUACAGCAUAUUCUGCUACUUCUCGCCCGUCAACGGCAUGCCCGAGGGCGUGGGGUUCUUCGAUUUCUCCCGCUGGUUUGAGAGGUGGGUCGAGGUCGACGACUUCGCGACCCGCAGGAAGCAGUUCGAGAUCGACGGCGUGGACCCGGACAAUAACGAGUACACGGACGAGCUCUCGUCUGCCUCAGUGGACAACUUCCGCAACGACGGCAAGGUCUAG